AUGCAGGAGGACUACAGGGAUCCAUACUACAGGGGAUCAAGAGAUGAUUGCCAGAUGGGGCGUCAAGGAGAGAUAAGGUAAAUCAGGCUUGACCACGUCUAUAAGAUUGAGAGAGCCGUUGAAUUAAUACUUUGUUAAUUCCUGUUUAAAGUACUGUGGUGGUUCUAUACUAUGAACCACCAGAUGGCAGCAGUGUUCUACAUUUCUCAAGCCACCAUAAUGAUUAAGAUUAGGAUCACUUCAUUGGUCAAUUGCACACAAGGUCCCCUCCGAAAGACACAUGUAUAUUCCGGUUUUGGAGCAGUGCGGGGGGCUGCCACACUGGGCGCACUGGGAGUUGUUGUUGUGGGAGGUUAAGUGCCUUGCUCAAGGGCACAACGGUAGGCAAUGGCAUCUAGGAUUUGAUACGGCUCGCCUCUCUAACUACGUUUUUGAGCAGUGUUUUUCAAAUCAUGUAUGUGUCUUUGUUUAAAGCACAAUUUGCAUAACAUGUAGCAUUGAUUAAAAUCUCUAAUUAUUGCUUUUAAUUAUUGCAGCUCGGUAGGCAUUUAAAACGUUCCACAGGGUUGCUGCCCCAUGUUGAUUCCAAUGCAUCCCACAGUUGUGUCAAGUUGGCUGGAUGUCCUUUGGGUGGUGGACCAUUCUUGAUACACACGGGAAACUGUUGAGAGUGAAAAACCCAGCUGCGUUGCAGUUCUUGACACAAACCGGUGCGCCUGGCACCUACUACCAUACCCCGUUCAAAGGCACUUAAAUCAUUUUUCUUGCCCAUUCACCCUCUGAAUAGCAUACGUACACAAUCCAUGUCUCAAGGCUUAAAAAUCCUUCUUUAACACGUCUCCUCCUCGUUAUCUACACUGAUUUUGAAGUGGAUUUAACAAGUGACAUCAAUAAGGGAUCAUAGCUUUCACCUGGUCAGUCUGUCAUGGAAAGAGCAGGUGUUCUUAAUGUUUUGUAUACUCAGUGUAAAUCCCCACUCAAGAUAUUACAUUUGACAUAUAUCGCACAGUCACUGAUUUUGAAGAGGGGUUGAAAACACUGAAGCGAAUUUGCCAACCUGUCUCUGAGUUAAUGCAAGGGAAAUACUGAGAGGAGGCUCUUGGCUCUCGUUUCAUACCAUAUUCCACUUAUCAGCCACCACACUCCUCACUCCUUGCCUUGGAGAGCUUGUCAGCUCGACGCCAUACAGAGCACAGCUAAAGCCAGUGGAUCUGCUCUGCCCCUGUGCUGCCAAGACAUCCGUCUAGCAGUGGCCGAAUACAGAGUGCCAACAGUUCACAGGCCAAGACCCACCCCUCCUCAUUCACUCCUCCCCAAGUGUCAUACCAGACUCCAGACAGGGACAAAGGGCACCAGUGUCAACUCACUGAGCCAACAAGGCUAAACCCCCACAGGAAAACCAUCUGGGCCGCCGGCCACUCCCUCUCCAGCCAAACAACCACCACCACACUCUCGGCUUUCCUCAGACUCGCUGUACAGCAUACAUGCGCUGUAUGCUGUCUUCUGUGCGAGAGAGGGAGAGCAAGCUAACUAUGGUGUAGUUUCUCACCUCUUCCUUCAUUACUGCAUCCAGUCCAAUUAUUUUUAGCAUCCAUAGUAUGACACCUCACACAUUUAUCACAGACAUGUGCUAUUCUCUCUCCCACAUUGGUUCUAGUUGGUUCACCAUUGUCAUUGCAGCUCCCUCGGCUUUUAAGCAACGGAACCUAAUGGAGAGACUCAUGGUGUGGUUUUGACAGGGUGGCAGGCGGGCAUCUGGGUCUGGUUUUCCGCCAUUAGUGUGGUCAGGAGGUUGACUGGAGGCCUCACCCUUGCAGUGUAGCCCACAGGAAGCAGCGGUCAGGAAGUCUUUGUUGGGUCUCUCUCCCCUGGCCGGAGGUGUUGAAGACUGAGGUGGCCAGACACCAGACGAACAGCAAGGCCACUCCACCACCACAACAUUCUCCCCUUUCCCCUCAACACAAGACCUGGGCCUGGGUUCUGCUGUUCAUGGUCUUCACAAGACUCCCACACACAUUUUGAUGGGGUGUGUGUCUGGGGGGGGGGGGGGGGUACACACUGCAGGUGGGCCUUGGCGAUAGAGGCAGGUGGGCGGCGGCGGAUGGAUUGCUCAAUCUGCUCCAUUGUGGAGCUCUUCACCUCGUGAUGAAUAGCAGAUAAUGAGUUAAAAAUGGGGAGCCUGUUAAGUGCACUCAUGUUAUAUUUGUGCACAGGGCUGAUUGCAAUGAUAUAUUAUUGAUUUCACUAUUCAGAUAGAUGAUGGAGAGAGGGAGGCGUUGGCUGUAAUAACCUUAUGACUAAAGCCAAUGACCUAAAUUGAUAUUGUGUUUAUAUAUUAUUUAUUUUCAAAAUGAGUUAAUUUAAUGUUUAAUUUGUUUGUGUAAUGCUUUCAGUGUAAUGGAUUGUGGCUUUAAAUGGCAACGCAUUCCCUAUUUAGAGGCUCUGGUCAAAAGUAGUGCACUAUAUAGGGAAUAGAAGCGCUCUCAGAUCUUCUUGAAUACUUUCAAGCUUAGUCAGGCCAGGGUCUCCUUUUCCCGCUCUGGUAUUAUGCAGUUGUGUUUCUUCCUGGACCUGAAAGAGCUAGUGUUUAGUUUCCCUGUUAUUGCAGGUGGGACUAUGACACCCAGUUGUUCUGGUUAUCUUUUUGAUUACUCUUGCUCUCAGAUCAGCAUGUUUUAUUCUCUCUGGUCUGCAAGGAUAUAACCUGCGUUUAGAGAACCUGUUCCUAUGCUUUGAAGAACGGCUUUGAAAAUGCAGCUAUAGACAUACUUGACCAGCAAUUACAUCUAGGAAUUUUCUUCAGAAGAUUACAUUUGAUGUAUAGUGACCACAGAAUUCCUUUUUCAUAGCUUUUUUUAUGGAAAGACGUGAGGUGAGUUUGAGGGAUCGCUCACUGCAACGGUGGUAAUUAACUUUAUUUGGCAGGCUGAGCCUUGGCUACUUCAAACGGGCCUGGGGGCGUAUAUGAUGGAGGCCUUGUUAGGCCUGCUCUUUGUUUGGGACAUGGCCCUCGAAGUUCAAGCAGGGGUCAUGAAAACCAGGUGCCGCUGGUUGGUUCAUUUAUACAGUUGCGGCCAAAUAAACUCAGCAAAAAAAGAAACGUCCCUUUUUCAGGACCCUGUCUUUCAAAGAUAAUUCGUAAAAAUCCAAAUAACUUCACAGAUCUUCAUUGUAAAGGGUUUAAACACUGUUUCCCAUGCUUGUUCAAUGAACCAUAAACAAUUAAUGAACAUGCACCUGUGAAACGGUCGUUAAGACACUAACAGCUUACAGACGGUAGGCAAUUAAGGUUACAGUUAUGAAAACUUAGGACACUAAAGAGGCCUUUCUACUGACUCUGAAAAACAUCAAAAGAAAGAUGCCCAGGGUCCCUGCUCAUCUGCGUGAACGUGCUUUAGGCAUGCUGCAAGGAGGCAUGAGGACUGCAGAUGUGGCCAGGGCAAUAAAUUGCAAUGUCCGUACUGAGAGACGCCUAAGGCAGCGCUACAGGGAGACAGGACGGACAGCUGAUCGACCUCGCAGUGGCAGUCCACGUGUAACAACACCUAUUGUAAGGCCUGUUGUAAGGCAGGUCCUCACCAGACAUCACCGGCAACAACGUCGCCUAUGGGCACAAACCCACUGUCGCUGGACCAGACAGGACUGGCAAAAAGUGCUCUUCACUGACGAGUCGCGGUUUUGUCUCACCAGGGGUGAUGGUCGGAUUCGCGUUUAUUGUCGAAGGAAUGAGCAUUACACCGAGGGCUGUACUCUGGAGCGGGAUCGAUUUGGAGGUGGAGGGUCUGUCAUGGUCUGGGGCGGUAUGGCACAGCAUCAUCAGACUGAGCUUGAAAUCGAAAAACACUUUUGGUCUCCACACCUUAUUAGAUUUCCAACAUUGCAGAACCAAAUUAAUUUUUGUAAAUUUUAGUUUACAAAUUUUAUUUCAAAAAUUAUAGACAAAUGUCAUGGGCAGAAUUAUUGGCGCCCCGGAGCUAGUACUUGGUUGCACAGGCUUUGGCCAAGAUAACUACAGACAAAUGGUUCUUGUAGCCGUCAAUGUGCUUGCUGCACCUUUCUAUUGGUAAUUCGGCCUACUUUUCAGGAGCAAACUGCUCUAAUUCUUCAACGUUUGAGGAGUGCCCUCCACCAUCUGCUGUUUUCAGAUCUCGCCAUAGUGUUUGGAUGUGAUUCAGAUCUGGACUCUUCGCUGGCCACUGGUUACUAACGUUAUUUUAUGCUCUGGGCAUUUUUUUCCAAUCCCACAAAAAUCGCAACAAGCGCAUAUGCAAAGCCUUCACUCUGUCACUCAAACUUAAUCCAGCGUCUGCCUGCCAGCUGGAAAUCUUUGCCAGUAGGGGUGUGUAGGCUACCUGCCCCUUCCUCUCUGAAGCAUAGGUUACUGUAGCCUACUGAUGACUUUACAUGCGUAAUUCAGAAAUUAGGGAGAGAUGUUUUAGAGAAGAAUGGAUUAACUUUUGCAAUGCUAGUUAAGGAUACUAUAGUUAUCCCGUUUCACAUUGGAUUUAUUAACUACAAAAAGUAAUUAUAAAUAUUUGCAGUGUUGACCCUUCUUUUUCAAGACCUCUGCAAUCCGCCCUGGCAUGCUGUCAAUUAACUUCUGGGCCACAUCCUGACUGAUGGCAGCUCAUUCUUGCAUAAUCAAUGCUUGGAGUUUGUCAGAAUUUGCUGGUUUUUGUUUGUGCACCCACCUCUUGAGGAUUGACCACAAGUUCUCAAUGGGAUUAAGGUCUGGGGAGUUUCCUGGCCAUGGACCCAAAAUGUCGAUGUUUUGUUCCCCGAGCCACUUAGUUAUCACUUUUGCCUUAUGGCAAGGUUCUCCAUCAUGCUGGAAAAGGCAUUGUUCGUCACCAAACAGUUAUUGGAUGGUUGGGAGAAGUUGCUCUCGGAGGAUGUGUUGGUACCACUCUUUAUUCAUGGCUGUGUUCUUAGGCAAAAUCGUGAGUGAGCCCACUCCCUUGGCUGAGAAGCAACCCCACACAUGAAUGGUCUCAGGAUGGUUUACUGUUGGCAUGACACAGGACUGAUGGUAGCGCUCACCUUGUCUUCUCCGGACAAGCUUUUUUCCAGAUGCCCCAAACAAUUCAUCAGAGAAAAUGACUUUACCCCAGUCCUCAGCAGUCCAAGCCCUGUACCUUUUGCAGAAUAUCAGUCUGUCCCUGAUGUUUUUCCUGGAGAAAUGGCUUCCUCGCUGCCCUUCUUGACACCAGGCCAUCCUCCAAAAGUCUUCGCCUCACUGUGCGUGCAGAUGCACUCACACCUGCUGCCAUUCCUGAGCAAGCUCUGCACUGAUGGUGCCCCGAUCCCGUAGCUGAAUCAACUUUAGGAGACAGUCCUUGCGCUUCCUGGACUUUCUUGGGCGCCCUGAAGCCGCCUUCACAGCAAUUGAACCUCUCUCCUUGAAGUUCUUGAUGAUCCGAUAAAUGAUUGAUUUAGGUGCAAUUUUACUAGCAGCAGUAUUGCCUGUGAAGCCCUUUUUGUGCAAAUCAAUGAUGACGGCAUGUGUUUCCUUGCAGGUAUCCAUGGUUAACAGAGGAAGAACAAUGAUUUCAAGCACCACCCUCCUUUUAAAGCAUCCAGUCUGUUAUUCUAACUCUAUCAGCAUGACAGUGAUCUCCAGCCUUGUCAUCGUCAACACUCUCACCUGUGUUAACGAGAGAAUCACUGCCAAUUUCAAAUAAAAAAAAAAAUAUAUACAUUUACAUAAGUACUCAGUACUUUGUUGAAGCACCUAUGGCAGCAAUUACAGCCUUGAGUCUUCUUAGGUAUGACGCUACAAGCUUGGCACACCUGUAUUUGGGGAGUUUCUCCCAUUCUCUGCAGAUCCUCUCAAGCUCUGUCAGGUUGGAUGGGAAGCGUCACUGCACAGCUAUAUUCAGGUCUCUCCAGAAAUGAUUGAUUGGGUUCAAGUCCGGGCUCUGGCUCGGCCACUCAAGGACAUUCAGAGACUUGUCCCGAAGCCACUCCUGCAUUGUCUUGGCUUUGUGCUUAAGGUCAUUAUCCUGUUGGAAGGUGAACCUUCACCCAAGUCUCAGGUUCUGAGCGCUCUGGAGCAGGUUUCAAUCAAGGAUCUCUCUGCAUUUUGCUCCGUUCAUCUUUCCCUCGAUCCUGACUAGUCUCCCAGUCCCUGCCGCUAAAAAACAUCCCCACAGCAUGAUGCUGCCACCACCAUGCUUCACCGUAGAGAUGGUGUCAGGUUUCUUCCGAACAUGACGCUUGGCAUUCAGGCCAAAGUGUUAAAUCUUGGUUUCAUCAGACCAGAGAAUCUUGUUUCUCAUGGUCUGAGAGUACUUUAGGUGCCUUUUGGCAAACUCCAAGAGGGCUGUCAUGUGCCUUUUACUGAGGAGUGGCUUCCGUCUGGCCACUCUACCAUAAAGGCUUGAUUGCUGGAGUGCUGCAGAGAUGGUUGUCCUUCUGGAAGGUUCUCCCAUCUCCACAGAGGAACUCUUGGUUUUUGCUUUGACAUGAACUGUCAACUGUGGGACCUUUUAUAUAGACAGGUGUGUGCCUUUUCAAAUCAUGUCCAAUCAAUAAAUUUACCACAGGUGGACUCCAAUCAAGUUGUAGAAACAUCUCAAGGAUGAUUAAUGGAAACAGGAUGCACCUGAGCUUAAUUUCGAGUCUCAUAGCAAAGGGUAUGAAUACUAAUGUUAAUACGUCGUUUUGUUUUUAAUAAUUUUGCAAACAUUUUUUAAAACCUGUUUUCGUUUUGUCAUUAUGGGGUAUUGUGUGUAGAUUGAGGGGGGAAAAAAAUAAUUUAAUCAAUUUUAAAAUAAGGCUGUAAUGUAACAAAAUGUGGAAAAAGUCAAGGGGGCUGAAUACUUUCAGAAUGCACUGUAGUGUAUGGUGAAGUAUUUACCUUAACAUUUGAUUGAGUUAUACAAGUCUUGGUAACACUUGACACCCAGCGUCAUAACACGUUAUGACACGGUCAUAACCAUGUCAUAACAGCUGACAUGCAUGUCCUUGGUUUUUUUCAUUGGCAAGAUUUAGCAAAUCUAGGCAUGACAUGCCAGCAACAAACGCUGACACUACACAUCCAAGUAUAUCUGACCAAAUUAUGAAAGACAAGAAUUGUAAUUUUGAAUUCCGUAAAGUUUGUGUGUGUGGAAGAGGUGAAAAAAUUGUUGUCUAUCAACAAUGACAAGCCACCGGGGUCUGACAACUUGGAUGAAAAAUUACUGAGGCUAAUAGCUGACGAUAUUGCCACUCCAGUUUGCCAUAUUUUCAAGUUAAGCAUACUAGAAAGUGUGUGCCCUCAGGCCUGGAUGGAAGAAAGUCAUUCCGCUACCUAAGAAUAAUAAAGCCACCUUUACUGGCUCAAAUAGCCCACCAAUCAGCUUGUUACCAACCCUUAGUAAAGUUUUGGAAAAAAUUGUGUUUGACCAGAUACAAUGCUAUUUUACAUUAAACAAAUUGACAACCGACUUUCAGCACGCUCAUAGGGAAGGACAUUCAACAAGCAGAGCACUUACACAAAUGCCUGACUGGCUGAGAGAAAUUGAUAAUAAAAAGAUUGUGGGUGUGGUUUUGUUAGACUUCAGUGCGGCUUUUAACAUAGUCUGCUGCUGGAAAAGCUUGUGUUAGGGCUUUACACCCCUUGCUAUAUUGUGGAUAAAGAGUUAUCUGUCCAACAGAACACAGAGGGUGUUCUUUAAUGGAAACCAACAUAAUCCAGGUAGAAUCAGGAAUUCCCCAGGGCAGCUGUCUAGGCCCCUUACUUUUUGGAUCUUUACUAAUGACAUGCCACUGGCUUUGAUUAAUGCAUGUCAAUCUCUCCUGGCUCAAAGUAAAGGAGAGAUUGACUUCAUCAAUAGUAUUUGUGAGAGGUAUUGACAUGUUGAAAGCACCGAGCUGUCUGUUUUUUAAACGACUAACACACAGCUCCGACACCCAUGUACAGUUGAAGUCAGAAGUUUACAUACACCUUAGCCAAAUACAUUUAAACUCAGUUUUUCACAAUUCCUGACAUUAACUCCUUGUAAAAAUUCCCUGUCUUAGGUCAGUUAGGAUCACCACUUUAUUUUAAGAAUGUGAAAUGUCAGAAUAAUACUAGAGUGAUUUCAGGUUUUAUUUAUUCUAUCACAUUCCCAGUGGGUCAGUAGUUUACAUAGACUCAAUUUGGUAGCUUUGCCUUUAAAUUGUUUGACUUGGGUCAAACGUUUCAGGUAGCCUUCCACAAGCGUCCCACAAUAAGUUGGGUGAAUUUUGGCCCAUUCCUCCUGACAGAGCUGGUGUAACUGAGUCAGGUUUGUAGGCCUCCUUGCUUGCACACGCUUUUUACAUUUUAGUCAUUUAGCAGACACUCUUAGCGACUUACAGGAGCAAUUAGGGUUAAGUGCCUUGCUUAAGGGCACAUCGACAGAUUUUUUACUUAGUCGGCUCGGGGAUUAGAACCAGCGACCUUUCGGUUACUGGCACAACGCUCUUACCCACUAAGCUACCUGCCAUAUAGUUAUAUUUUUGUUUCAUCAGACCAGAGGACAUUUCUCCAAAAAAUAUUAUCCUUGUCCCCAUGUGCAGUUGCAAACCGUAGUCUGGCUUUUUUAUGGCGGUUUUGGAGCAGUGGCUUCUUCCUUGCUGAGCGGCCUUUCAGGUUGUGUCGAUAUAGGACUCGUUUUACUGUGGACAUAGAUACUUUUGUACCUGUUUCCUCCAGCAUCUUCACAAGGUCCUUUUGCUGUUGUUCUGGGAUUGAUUUGCACUUUUCGCACCAAAGUACGUUAAUCUCUAGGAGACAGAACACGUCUCCUUCCUGAGCGGUAUGACUGCUGUGUGGUCCCAUGGUGUUUAUACUUGCGUACUAUUGUUUGUACAGAUGAACGUGGUACCUUCAGGCGUUUGGAAAUUGCUCUCAGGGAUGAACCAGACUUGUGGAGGUCUUGGCUGAUUUCUUUUGAUUUUCCUCUUUGUCAAGCAAAGAGGCACUAAGUUUGAAGGUAGGUCUUGAAAUACAUCCACAGGUUCACCUCCAAUUGACUCAAAUGAUGUCAAUUAGCCUAUCAGAAGCUUCUAAAGCCAUGACAUAAUUUUCUGGAAUUUUACAAGCGGUUUAAAGGCACGGUCAACUUAGUGUAUGUUAACUUCUGACCCACUGGAAUUGUGAUACAGUGAAAUAAUCUGUCUUUAAACAAUUGUUGGAAAAAUUACUUGUCAUGCACAAAAUAGAUGUCCUAACCGACUUACCAAAACUAUAGUUUGUUAACAAGAAAUUUGUGGAGUGGUUAAAAAACGAGUUUUAAUGACUCCAACCUAAGUGUAUGUAAACUUCUGAUUUCAACUGUAUACCCCACAAGACAUGCCACUGGAGGUCUCUUCACAGUCCCCAAGUCCAGAACAGACUAUGUGAGGCGCACAGUACUACAUAGAGCCUUGACUACAUGGAACUCUAUUCCACGUCAGGUAACUGAUGCAAGCAAUAGAAUCAGAUUUUUUUUUUUAAAGAUAGAAAUACACCUUAUGGAACAGCGGGGACUCUGAAGCAACACAAACAUAGGCACAGACACAUGCAUACCUACACGAUAACAUACGCACUAUACACACACGUACACAUGGAUUUUGUGUUGUAGAUAUGUGGUAGUGGAGUAUGGGCCUGAGGGGGCACAGUGUGUUGUGAAUUCUGUAAUGAAUGUAUUGUAAUGUUUUAAAAAUGGUAUAAUUGCCUUAAUUUUGCCAGACCCCAGGAAGAGUAGCUGCUGCCUUGGCAUAAUAAAUACAAAUAAUAUGGUCAUAACACUGUCAUGAUCCAUAUAUUUACAGCUGUUGUGACAUAUAUUGUGUUAUUUUAUGGAUGGUUAUGACGCCUAUAUAGAAGUGUCAAAACCCACAUUUAUUCAAAUGUGUUGUUUCCCUGUCAAGAAGUUUUGUUUUGAAAGUUUGUUUCUUUAGUCCUUUAUUGUUGUAAUGAAUUCUUUAGUCAUGUUUUUUUUCUCCAUCAUAUUUUAAUUAACUUGCAGAACAUACUCUUUAUGACAGUCACUGUCAUGAAGCAUUAUGACCAUCCUGUGUCACUUUAAUUGGACUAAGAAAAUACGCUUUCUGACACUGUCAAGAAGCAUUAUGACCAUCAUAAUCAUAUAAGCCAGAUAGGCCUAUCACGUACCUGCCCUUAUAUCUGUCAUCAGUCAAAAAGAAGGUGUAUUGUCCUGUUCCUGAAAGCUGCUCCUGAAAUCUACUCCUGCAUGCAACCCAGUUAUCAGCAACAGAGCAUUCGAUUAGGUUCAUGUCUGACCUAACCAAUGCACAAUUACAAUGAUAAUUUAAUAUGGUCAAUUUCAGAAAACAUACUGUUGACAAGUAGGCUAUCGUGUAAUGAAAUAUUUUGCGUAGUGUGGUUUUGUGCGUUUUGACACUCUUAUGUAGGUGUCAUAACCAGCCAUAAAAUAAUGCAAUAUGUCACCAUAGGUCUAAAUAUGUGUCAUGCCAGUGUUAUGACCAUAUAAUGACAAGUUAUGUCAGCUGUUGACAUAUUAUGACCGUGUUAUGACCGCGUCAUAACGUGUUAUGACGCUGGGUGUCAAGUAAAUUGUUACCCGAGUAUUUUUAUUUUAUUUUGUCAUUUUAGGAACAGCAGCAGAGCGGGCUCCCACCCCAGCAGCAGAGUUCAAGGGUUAGCUCCUCUCUCGAGGACCGUGUCUCCAGCCUACCCCGACAGAGUAGACCCCAACCUGAGGCAUGCCCUCAUGUACUUGGGCCGAGGGUAGGCCCGUUCUUUCUAGUGCACUUAAUUAAUAGACCAAGUGGCAAGCACCAAUGGACCGACCCGGUAACUUCAGUUGUUGUAUACUGUUUUUCAAGAUACAAAGCACUACUUAUUUUGUUCUAAGUCCAGCAACUUCAUUUUCAUAUCAAGUGGUUAGGAUUUCUUCUUUCACUCGCUACACUCAGCGGUAAUUAGAAUCCAGGCGCUGAUCAUGUGUAGAGGCAUAGCUUUACUUCUGUAAUUGAGUGGACCUGAAUGGAUGGGCCCUUGAAUCCCCUUCUCUCGCUCUUUGUCUGUUUUCUCAGGGAGAACCCUGAGGGUUUCAGGCGGAGGGUCCCGGGCCCCUACCCUGCAGGCCCUGCCGGGGACUCCUACACUACAGUACGGGACCGCUCUCCCAUCAGAAGGGAUACCCCACCAAUACCAGGCCCCAUUCUUAUGCGCUCCGGGUCCAACACCAGCAGAAGGAGCUACUCCCCAGACAGGGACCAGAAGGGCUUCUCCUACCAUCAGAAGGGUAACUUUGCAUCCCCAAUGGAACCAUAUUCCCUAUAUAGUACAGUCGUGGUCAAAGGUUUUGAGAAUGACACAAAUAUUCAUUUUCACAAAGUCUGCUGCCUCAGUUUUUAUGAUGGCAAUUUGCAUAUACUCCAGAAUGUCAUGAAGAAUGAUCAGAUGAAUUACAAUUAAUUGCAAAGUCCCUCUUUGCCAUGAAAAUUAACUUAAUCCCAAAAAAACAUUUCCACUGCAUUUCAGCCCUGCCACAAAAGGACCAGCUGCCAUAAUGUCAGUGAUUCUCUCGUUAACACAGGUGAGAGUGUUGACGAGGACAAGGCUGGAGAUCACUCUGUCAUGCUGAUUGAGUUAGAAUAACAGUCUAGAAUCUUUAAAAGGAGGGUGGUGCUUGAAAUCAUUGUUAUUCCUCUGUUAACCAUGUUAACAUGUGCCGUCAUCAUUGCUUUGCACAAAAAGAGCUUCACAGGCAAGGAUAUUGCUGCUAGUAAGAUUGCACCUAAAUCAACCAUUUAUCGGAUCAUCAAGAACUUCAAGGAGAGAGGUUCAAUUGUUGUGAAGAAGGCUUCAGGGCGCCCAAGAAGGUCCAGCAAGCGCCAGGACCGUCUCCUAAAGUUGAUUCAGCUGCGGGAUCGGGGCACCACCAGUGCAGAGCUUGCUCAGGAAUGGCAGCAGGCAGGUGUGAGUGCAUCUGCACGCACAGUGAGGCGAAGACUUUUGGAGGAUGGCCUGGUGUCAAGAAGGGCAGCGAGGAAGUCACUUCUCUCCAGGAAAAACAUCAGGGACAGACUGAUAUUCUGCAAAAGGUACAGGGAUUGGACUUCUGAGGACUGGGGUAAAGUCAUUUUCUCUGAAGAAUCCCCUUUCCGAUUGUUUGGGGCAUCCGGAAAAAAGCUUGUCCGGAGAAGACAAGGUGAGCGCUACCAUCAGGCCUGUGUCGUGCCAACAGUAAAGCAUCCUGAGACCAUUCAUGUGUGGGGUUGCUUCUCAGCCAAGGGAGUGGGCUCACUCACAAUUUUGCCUAAGAACACAGCCAUGAAUAAAGAGUGGUACCAACACAUCCUCCGAGAGCAACUUCUCCCAACCAUCCAAGAACAGUUUGGUGACGAACAAUGCCUUUUCCAGCAUGAUGGAGCACCUUGCCAUAAGGCAAAAGUGAUAACUUAGUGGCUCGGGGAACAAAACAUCGACAUUUUGGGACCAUGGCCAGGAAACUCCCCAGACCUUAAUCCCAUUGAGAACUUGUGGUCAAUCCUCAAGAGGUGGGGUGGACAAACAAAAACCAGCAAAUUCUGACAAACUCUAAGCAUUGAUUAUACAAGAAUGGGCUGCCAUCAGUCAGGAUGUGGCCCAGAAGUUAAUUGACAGCAUGCCAGGGCGGAUUGCAGAGGUCUUGAAAAAGAAGGGUCAACACUGCAAAUAUUGACUCUUUGCAUAAAGCUUAAUGUAAUUGUCAAUAAAAGCCUUUGACACUUAUGGAAUGCUUGUAAUUAUACUUCAGUAUUACCAUAGUAACGUCUAACAAAAAUAUCUAAAAACACUGAAGCAGCAUACUUUGUGAAGACCAAUACAUUCUCAAAACUUUUGACCACGACUGUACACUUCUUUUGACCAGGUCCCAUAGGGAAGCAUCCUAAGUUUCCUUUGGUUUCUCUACUGAGGCGUCAGGCAUAUAGUUCAGCUGUCAAUUACAUUUACAUUUUAGUCAUUUAGCAGACGCUCUUAUCCAGAGCGACUUACAGUUAGCGCAUACAUUAUUUUUAUCGAACCCACUACCCUGGCGUUGCAAACGCCAUGCUCUACCAACUGAGCUACAUCCCCUGCCGGCCAUUCCCUCCCCUACCCUGGACGACGCUGGGCCAAUUGUGCGCCGCCCCAUGAGUCUCCCGGUCGCGGCCGGCUACGACAGAGCCUGGAUUCGAACCAGGAUCUCUAGUGGCACAGCUAGCACUGCGAUGCAGUGCCUUAGACCACUACGCCACUGAUUUAAUAAUAUCAGAUUUAAUCAAUCACUUUAGAGUCUGGCUCUGUUCCAGUGUCCAUUCUAGCAUAUCACUUGGAAUGAAGCAAUGUAAAGGACAUGCAUUCUCUGUGUGGUACGCUAGUGUGGAUACUGUAACCUCUUUGUUUGUAUCUGCUGCCAGUCAUUUUGCUGACCUUCUCUUUCUCACCCCUCUUCAGGGUAUAUCGAAGAGCCUCCCAGCCAGAGCAGAGAACCUGGUAAGUCUACACUUCUUAUCCCUAAAGAACGUUGGCACGUUUUGAAGUGAUGCUAAAACUAAUAUGUAGAGGCCCGGCCACACUCUGAGAGGAGCAUCUGUUUUCAGUGGAGGUGUGUAUUAAAUAGAGGUGUUGGAACAUUUUAAUUACACACACAUAUACUGUGUAUAUGUACACACACAGGUUAUAGAAGGCUGGGAAAAGGAUAGCCUUGUUUUAUUGAGGUGAUUUGGCUUUUGAUACAAGGUCUGACCUUUGCCUGGCGUGCACACUGAGCUAGCAGAUGUCUUCAAGAUCAAACCAGCACUCACUCCCAGUCCCAUUACCUUCCCCUUUGAGUGGAGUGGAGCAUGCAUACCAUUAUGUUGUAGCCUAACUCUCUUUAUGACAGGUCUCCCUUGUCAUAGCGGUCUUCUGACCUCAAUGGGACAACCUGGUUAAAUACAAAGAGAACUAUUACCUUUUUUUGUGUAGAUUAACCAAGAAUCUGCAUAUGUUAAGUUAGGCCUACCUUCAAUUGAAGUGGGGAGAUUUUGAGAUGAAGAAUAUUGGCAAAGUAGGAGAAUCAAGGAAAGUAACCGAGUGUCCUUAAAUAUCCCCAUGUCUAAUGCAGCCAUUUCACACUUAGUUUUCUCACUGAAGAAGUCCUUUCUCAUAAUCACUGCAGAGGGGUUUUAAAGCCCACAUUCUACUCUGUUAUGCUACCGUGUAAAGAGAGCACAGAGGAAGCCUUCAGUUUAGUCUGAAGAUCCCCCACCCCACCCCUAUAUUUGGGCUGCAUAUUCUAUCCCCCUUUGAAGAUGCAAUAAAACUGGUCGAAAACACUUGUCCCUCCACCCCUGUCUGGAACACAUCAAAGUGUACAGAAAGACACCGUUUGGGGUGACGAUAAGGAAUGCACACCACACAGGGCCCUGUAGGCCUCGUUUUACUGAAGAUAAUCCUGUACAAUGUCUCUGAGUGAGCAUUUGGAGUACAAUGGCUUAGUGAUGCACUUACUGAAAGCAUGCUGCCUAUAGGUUAUGGUUCAGGUUUUUAGUGGCCAAAUAGUACCUCUUGAAGACUAUUCUACACUAUAUAUACAAAAGUAUGUGGACACCCCUUCAAAUUAGUGGAUUAGGCUAUUUCAGCCACACCCGUUGCUGACAGGUGUAUAAAAUCGAGCGCACAGCCAUGCAAUCUCCAUAGACAAACAUUGGCAGUAGAAUGACCUUACUGAAGACCUCAGUGAUCCCAAUGUGGCACCAUUACAGGAUGCCACCUUUCCAACAAGUCAGUUCAUCAAAUUUCUGCCCUGCUUGAGCUGCCCCGGUCAACUGUAAGUGCUGUUAUUGUGAAGUAGAAAUGUCUAGGAGCAGCAACGGCUCAGCCAUGAAGUGGUAGGCCACACAAGCUCACAGAACAGGACCAUCGAGUGCUGAACCGCGUAGCGCGUAGAAAUCAACAUUCACUAGCAAGUUCCAAACUGCCUCUGGAAGUAACUUCAGCACAAUAACUGUUCAUCGGGAGCUUCAUGAAAUGGGUUUCCAUGGCCGAGCAGCCACACACAAGCCUAAGAUCACCAUGCGCAAUGCCAAGCGUCGGCUGGAGUUGUGUAAAGCUCGCCGGCAUUGGCCUCUGGAGCAGUGGAAACACAUUUUCUGGAGUGAUGAAUCGCGCUUCACCAUCUGGCAGUCCGAUGGAUUAAUCUGGAUUUGGCAGAUGCCAGGAGAAUGGUACCUGCCCGACUGCAUAGUGCAAACUGUAAAGUUUGGUGGAGGAGGAAUAAUGGUCUUGGUCUGUUUUUCAUGGUUCAGGCUAGCCCCUUAGUUCCAGUGAAGGGAAAUCUUAACGCUACAGCAUACAAUGACAUUCUAGACAAUUCUGUGCUUCCAACUUUGUUGCAACAGUUUGGGGAAGGCCCUUUCCUGUUUCAGCAUGACAAUGCCCCCGCGCACAAAGCGAGGUCCAUACAGAAAUGGUUUGUCGAGAUCGGUGUGGAAGAACUUGACUGGCCUGCACAGAGCCCUGCCCUCAACCCCAUCGAACACCUUUGGGAUGGAUUGGAACGCCGACUGCGAGCCAGGCCUAAUCGCCCAACAUCAGUGCCCGACCUCACUAAUGCUCUUGUGGCUGAAUGGAAGCAAGUCCCCGCAGCAAUGUUCCAACAUCUAGUGGAAAGCCUUCCCAGAAGAGUGGAGGCUGUUAUUGCAGCAAAGGGGGACCAACUCCAUAUUAAUGCCCAUGAUUUUGGAAUGAGAUAUUCGACGAGCAGGUGUCCACAUAGUUUUGGUGAAGUAUAGCCUAGCUUACAUGAUUAGUAGUGAUGGGGGAUAAACUGAAUACAGUUACAAUAUUAUUUUGGAUGAUAUUAUAUCGAUACUUUGACUCAAGUAUUGAUUUGUAAAAUAAAAAAUGAAUAUUUUUUUUGUAUUUUUGCUAGGUAGCAUUAACUAGCACCAGUUGGCUAUACCUGUGCCAAAACUCUAGUAUUUUUCAUCCUGUAGCUUGUUCUCCAUUUCUUUUGAAAUAGUGAGCCAAUGUGUUUAACACUUUUACUUCCAUUACUGAUUUAAAACUCAUUUUCUCUCAUGCAGCAGACAUACUAUAUAGUGAGCAAUAUGUUUGGAACAUCAAAUCAAAGUAAAAUUGCAGCAUCGAAUCGCAAUACUGAUAGUAUCGUGAUAUCGUAUCGUGAGGUCCCUAGCAAUUCCAAGCCUUAAUGAUUAGACUAUACAAUAUAUCCUAACUUUUCUUUGUUUGGAUUGGUAGGACACAACAAUUAGCCCAUUUUAAGCUGACAGAAAUACCCUCUUAGGCCUGCUCUAAUACAUUGACUGUUGGUAGGGAUUAGUCUUCUUAUCAGCAGUCUUGCAGGGUUCUGUUUCUGACUUUCAUUCAUUCAUUAGCCAUUAGUGAGGUUUGAUGUUUAAUCUGCAUUGAUUCCUUUGCUGCUGCUUCACUGAAGUCAUUACGUUUCUCUUUGAUGGAACACACACACACAAUCUUCUGGAUGCCCCUCUUCUGGAUUUGCAAUUCAUGAGCAUCUGGCAUCUGUCACUAAUCAUUUAAGUUAAACAGCAGCCUAGUUUCUUCUCCACAUAUUAUGUGUGUCUGGUGAGUGUCAUUCCAAGUUACCAGGUUUUCCUCAAAAUGCAAAUGCCUGAUCUGUCAUAGAGAGUUCUAUAUCUGUGGUCUGCGCUACUCUGUUCUUCAAUAGCAUUUGAAUAUCAAUUCAGCCUGCAAACAUUUUGCCUGAAUAAACAUCUCUCAUUCAAAUAAUAAUCAGUUAAUAGUAUCAGAGGAAAUCCAGCACUCAAUCAACUUCAAAUGUUGCUGCAUUUUGAACUAAGGAGCUGCUUUUUCAUGGGUUACUUGGUGUCUCUCACAACCUGAGAUCUCUGCAGUUUAGCUGGAAAAUUUUUAUAAAACAUCCUGGAAGAAGUGUGUUUUUAAUUUCACCUUGGCUCAGUCUCAUCGCCAUGGGAAUAAAAACAAACAUUUCCACCCAGCCAUAUUUGUUUUUUAUAGACAUAUUGGAGCCGGCGGAGCAUAAUAUUUCAAUUUAGUCACAGCUGAACUUGUCGACCGCUAUUGUGCAAGCUGUUCCGACGAGAACGUCAAAUUAACAGAGAUUUGUCUGUGCCGCGCUUGUCGACAGUACCAUAGCAUCUUGUCCUAUCCAUUGUUCACUGUACGAGAGCAAUGAGUGAUUGCAUGGUGGAUGACAAUAGAGAAUAAGUGGUGGUAGUUCCCCAGUGUGUUUUUAAUACAGAGGAUUUCAAUGGAAUUGUACUGCGCUUGGUGGUCCUGAGUUUUAUUUUGAGUACCUUCCUUUUCUUGAAUGAUGUUUCUUUUGUUUUAAAAUGUUUCUCAGUUCACUGCGUGAGUUAUGUGAGUGUUUGACGGUUUCUAUAUUUCUCCUCUCCCUUCUCCUUCUAUCCCUCGUCUGUCUUCAUCCCUCUUCUUCUUCACUCCACAGGUAAGCCCAGGUUGCUAGGCCACAGCAAGAGUGCCUCCUUAGACGGAUCUCCACACAGCGCUGUCUCAAUCAGGGUACGACUGCAGAACUAUGUUGGCCAUAGCUCACUGCUCCUGAUUCAGCUCAGCCUCUCGCAUUCAGUUGAUAGGAUCGUUUUAUUAAGCCUAUAUCAAAACGAUAUGUUACCCGUUAGAGUAGCAGCAUGCCCUUUAGUAGCGUAAUGCAAGUCCUGAAAUGUAGAAGAAUCUCUUAAGACCUGAACAACUGUUUUCCAUCACUGGGUUGGAUUAUGGAAUUCCAUGAGACUCGAUACAUAGUUGCAGACAGUUGUUACCCAUACAGGCAAUUUUUUGUGUCGUCGUUUCAACAUUGUCUGACCAUCACAUUUUCCAUACUUUCGUAUGGAAACACAAUUUAUCAACACAAUUCAUUGCCUUGUCAUGGUGUAUGGAAUCUGUUGCAGAUCCCUGUUCAUGUCAUUCAUUCUAGAACCCACAUCGCGGAGGAACAGUUGAUGUACAUUAAGUGGCCUGUCUCUAUCUUGUGGUCUGACGAUGUCACGAUAGACGAAGACUGGAAGACUGCAUUCACCGUGUAUGACCCAUUGCCUUGCCAUGGAUGAAAGCGUUCUGGAUUCUGUAAACUAAAAGUAGUUGGUGUUUCAAAAGUUGCUUGUUUUCAAUGCUAACACGGUCACAAAAGGCCUCCUCUCGCUCAAAUUGACACUCGGAGAUCUUAUGUUUUUGUGUCUCAUUUCCCUUUUAACACUAAAUGAUGCAGUAUGAUGCACUUACGUUGGUGGGCCUUCAUCUUCGGCUGUCGACGGUCUUUGAUCAAAGAUGUUGAAGGAAAAACAUUCUAGAUCACUGUUGAGAUGCGGCAUACAUAUUCAAGCGUUUGUUGUGCUGAAAAACAAAAUAACAGCAACAACAACCUUGUUGACUCUAAUCGCUGUUGCCCUCGCAUGCUUUGAAUUUGAAACCAGAAUCAGUUAAGCCAUUUGAACUGCUGUGUCCUGCCUGGCACUCUAACCCAUAAGCUUUAACCUUUACCCUCCCAGGAGGAACGUGACCCCACCCCAGCCCUGCUAGCGGAGCCGGAGGACACGGUGCCGGCCAAGGAUGAGACAGACCAGACGCAGGAGGACAACUUCAAGACACGGCGCUCUCAAGCCAUCGCAGCUAAAGCCCUCGAAAUUGAGAAGGUAAUACAGGUCCCACUAUCCAACAACCCCCAACUGCUAGCUAGUAAUUCUCUGCUACUCUGCUGGCUGUGUGGUAGAGUCCUGCAUCGGGUUGGAUACCCACGGUUCCCCGCAAAAAAAAUCUGCUGGUUUGGAAGGAUUUUUGUGUCAUUGUGGACAAGGACAACAACCCGGUAGAUGGAUACACAGCCAGCAAAAAGUGCAAUCAGGUAUUUGUUUACGAUAGGCUAAUUCAGUUUAAUAUCAGUUAAUUAUUACGUUAAUUCAGGCUUUUGUUCAUUUAGACCAUAUGCAGGCCAUAUCAUGUCUAAAAACGGCAUGCUGGUAAAGGUUUGACUAGCCUAGGCUAUAGCCUACAAAAUACAAUAAUUUUUACAGCCUAUAUUCGAUUCUGGGAAUUGUUUUAAUUAAACUAUUUGAUUAUCUUAACAAUUUUGAAUGUAAAUGUUUUUAUGUCGGCUAUAGGCUUUCAUUCGGUAAGAAGGCUAUUUGAGUCGUCAAUGUGCCGCAUCUUGUUGUAAAAAUAAAAAGAUAUCGUUCUUAACACACGGGAUGUUUCCUUUUAUCCAAAUGUUGACUAGACAUGCAUAGAGGGGAAUCAUAGGCUACUCUGGAGUCGUAAAAACUAUUAAAUCAAUUGACGUUAUUUGACGGGGCACUGAUCGGCUCUCGGAACAAUUCUAUGCGGGUGGGUCAGGUUGCGGAUAAACAUCUGUCCUGAUUAGGGAUGUUAAUCGGUUAGCCGAUUUUUGUGGAAUUGUGUAUUUUCGUUACUCAUCAUGCAUCGUAUUUAUCACACGCACACAGUAUAGAGCCUAGUUUGAGGAGAGGAAUAGCCUACCACCUGUCAGACCGUGCGAAAUUAGCUCCUCUAAAAGUCUGUAGGCUACCUGCUUUUGUAUGCCCAGUCAUUGCGCAAACAAAUAACAAUUCUAAAUGUGAUCGCGUGUUAAAAACGUUGGUGGCCACGAUUUUAAAGCGGCUAUUUUUUUAUUUCACAAUCUCAACUCGUAAUUAAAGCGCACCUCCCAUUCGGGUGUAUAGGAUAUAGCCUGCCUACCGCUGACUAUCAGCGCGUCAGCCACCACUUUGCAAUGUGAGCUUGAGGCAGUAGAAUUGUUUGAAACCUGAAUGUUUUACUUUACUUCAAAUAAUGAGGCAUGUCUUACCUUGCUUCAAAGUAGCCUUGCGAAAAUCCAUUCUUGGAAACGUGGAGGCAAUUAUUUUAUAAAGACUUCCUCAUGCCAUUAAUCAGCAUUUCUCUCCUGUUCUAUUGGUUUUCAUAUCAACCAAAGGCACAAUCCUAGUCAUAUUAGCAACCCAUCAUAGCAACAACUAUUAGAUUCCCCCUCUUUCUACGUGUCUAAUGUGAGAUUUUAAUAUCUGUCACAACUGCUCGCAUUAGGUUUAGAACUGUGUUUUCUUCCAAUUGCAUUUUGGCAAAUGUUUGAAAAUGACGUUUUAUUAGCUGCUUCAUUACAGCAGUUGCAUGUUCAAUAAUAGACUAUAGCCUUUUGAACUGUAAGGCGAUAAGCUUGCUAUUGUUGAAUGCUUCCAUUAAGCUCUUAAUGAAAAAUGUCCGGUCCGUGCAUGUAUGUAUGCUUAUUACCAGAGAGGAAGAGGCAAAGCGAGAGGUUUUACACUCGCCAAAAUAAGGCAAAUACGUUUCUGUAUGCUUAUUUUGGGCCUAAGCUUCCCGCCUGCCUUUCCGCCUUGGGCCGACUCCCAUUGUUAGAGCGGAAACAUUAGCAUCUCGUCAUUAUAUACAGAGCUCUAGUAGUAUUUUCUGUUGGUCACGUUAUUUUACUUUUUUUUUUAAAUGUAACCGUUUGUUGAUCGGUUAAUGAGGGUCAAUUAGUCUGCAGCAAAAUUGACCAAAAUGUGCAUCCCUAGUCCUGAUGUCGGGUAUCGGGUGGGGCUUGGAAUUGAUGUGGGGCAGGUGCGGCUCCAAAAAAUGGACCUGUGCAAGACUGCUAUCUCUAGUCCGACUCCUAGGCCUGAACCGUUCCUCCAUUUGGAUUAGUGGCUCUCUGAAGCCCUAUUGCCUGCGUAUGGCGGCUUGGGAAACGUCAUUUUGAUUUGGCAGGGAGAGCGAGAGCACAGGGAGGGAGGGAAGAUGAGAGGGGGAGGAUGAGUUGGCAGAAAGGACUUAAGCAUCUCUGGUUGUGACGCUCUACACAGGGCCUGCUAUUUGAGUCUGCCAGCCCGGCCCUUCCCUCCACACACACACACACACACACACACACACACACUGUGCUGCACUACCACUUAUCUGUUCCCGUUAAACCAGGGCAGGAAUUGCCCUGCAGGGUUCUGGCAGGCCACCCACGGUGUGGGUACUUCUUUUGCCAUUACACACAUGCGUACGCACACAUAACACACACAUGCUUACCCUGCCAUUUCCUAACCAGGUCACAACAGCAGUUGUGUGGAGAGGUACCGGCUUGUAACAUCUGUAUUGACCUUAGCCAAAUGCAGUCUGAUCCCCCAUCCCUGUACAGUGGAGGGCCAAGCCAAACUCACCAGACCAAAUGGAAACCAAGAUACAUGGGACUGGGAAUUGAGCUGGGUUUGCAUGGGGAUGUGGCUGGGGUACAGGGCUGGGGAUGGGAAUAGAGAUGUGGCUAACACUAGGGAUGUGGUUGGGGCAGACAAAAGUCUGGAGCUGGGGAUAGGGUUGAGGAUGGGGCUGGGCACUGGCACGAGGUUCUGACCUCCAUUGAGGCUGAUUUAGUGCGAUGGCUCCUGUCCAUAGCUGUUUAUUCAACUCCACAUGGAGGGAAGAGACUGCCCGUUACUAACCACAUCACCCCUGAGCCAUGAGCACUCACUCCUUUAUGUCCUAUACUGAUCUUCAGAGGAGGCUGUUUUGAAUGAGCACAUUUUCAGUGAGACUGAGGGAUGAAGUCUAGAAAUAUACUCAACUCUCCAUACGAUUGGGAUACUCAUUGGGGUCAGUCAGGUCUGGAGAUGUUUGUUAUGUCUGGUUCAUGUUCUCAAAAUACAGCACUGUAGGGCUACCGUACCUAUGUAAUAUGUGGCUGAUUACGGGCUAGGAAAGCAAAUGAGAAAACUGAGACAUUUAUUUAUGCUAAGUUCCUGUAACUUCCUCUCAGAAGGCUCCUGUGUUACAUUAGCGGAAUUACUUUUGAAAAUGACAAUCAAAUUAAUCAGAUAACAAGCUAGCAGCAACCCUUGACCUUGUAAGCCUGUAUCCCAUCUUCUCCAAUUUGGUUGAUGGUAUUACACCGUAAAGCAUUAGCCUACAGGUGUUCCUCAGAUAUUUGGAGGAUGGAUGUACGACUAUUUACAUUUUGGUUAGAAACCUAGAUUAAAUAUCAGAAACGAUUUAACUGAAUUUGAGUAUCGAGACCAACGUUGCUGGCACUGAUUUUUCGGAAGAGUCCCUCCAUUCAUUAUUUCAAUCAGUGUAAACUAAACUUAUCAAUGUCUUCCCUGUUAGUCCCUCAGAGGGCGUCUGCUUCCCAAAUGACACCCUAUUCCCAAUACAGUGCACUACUUUUGACCAGAGUAGUACACUAUAAAGGGAAUAGGGUGCCAUUUGGGACUCAGACUAAGCGGUCCAGUCCGGUCUGCAUCCAGUCCAGGCUGAGUGAUUUUAAAUGGCUGUUUAAAUAAUAUCCUCUAAUGUGUACCAGGCCCUCCAGUCAUUACAUCCACUCAUUACUCCACUUCCCUUAUUAGCUCAGGACCCCUGCCUCUCUGCCUGCAUCAGGGCUCAUUUGAGCAGAGCUCCAGUAUAGAAUCACAGCUUUGUGAGUUCUGGAUGUAAAAUCUUCUAAAGACGAAACCCCCAACUCUGUAUCCGUUACGCUUACACGCAUACAAACACACACACCCACUGUACCCCCAUAAUUCAGACCUCCAUGUCUGCUCCAAACGCCCCCUCAUCCCUUCAUCCCCUUUCUCAGCCAUGGCUUCUUAAACCAUCCUGUGUGGCCCUACCUCUCUCUAGUAUCAGGUCUGGAGAUCAGUCCCUGGCUCCCUCCGCUGGGAGGUAGGGAGGGAACCCAGGCAAAAAACACACACACACACACACACAGAGAGAGAGAGCAGGUUCGGGUCAAACCACCCUUCCUGUUUGGUUAAGUAACCAGGGACCGGUUCUGUCUGAGAGUUCACAGUACAGUUUGAGGAAACACUACUCCCUAAAAUACUCUCUAUUGUUAUAAAUACAGCGUGACACUCUUCCUCUCACACACAUAGAAACACUCCAAGGGUGUUUGUGCGUCCUUAAUAAAGUUUUUUUUAAGCUCCAGUGAUGUCUAGGGAAAUGUAUUUAAUUUUGAUUUCAUUGUUCAUCACAAGGCCCUUUUUUCACCCAUUCCCACUUCUUCCUGCUCAAAGCUUCAAAGCAUGUAGAAGAAGUGUAUAUAGGAAGUAAAUAAAUGAAAAUGUAAUCACUGUCAACACACUGUAGUUUGGGAAAAGUUUAGGGAAGGUUUUGUUUUGAAAAAUGGCAAACAUAAUCAUCUCUAAGUAAAUGGUGAGUAGGUCUGUUACGGUGACCGUAUUACCGCCACACCAGCGGUCACGAGUCAUGACCGCAGUCAAAUUCCUUCUCCAAGCUCUGAUGCUGCUGAUGGUCAUUAGUAGCCUACCAAACGUGCUAACUGCCUGGUACUCAGCACUCUAUUGUCCCUCUAAUCACUCUGACAGCAAUGCAAAUGUCAUCAAAAAUCAAAUCAAACACUUCAUGAGAGUCCAUGAAUUCAUUUCUAUAGGCUAUGCAAUUGAAUGAGAAAACAGUUUUGAUGGCCUCUAUUAAAAAGAGGAUCCCAUCAGCUUUCUAUAGGCUAGGCCUACUAUAUUUAUUUCUCAACUUUCCUAAUAUUAAGCACUUUGCUUUGUUUUACAACAGGAGUAUAGCCUACCUGGCUGGCAGGAAGAGUUCAGAAAUCAAUAUUUGAUGGAAAAACCCUGAUUUUUCAAUCACAGCUUUCAUGCGUCUUGGCAUGCUCUCCACCAGUCUUUCACAUUGAUGUUGGGUGACUUUAUGCCACUCCUGGCGCAAAAAUUCAAGCAGCUCGGCUUUGUUUGAUGGCUUGUCCUUCACAAAGACAAAUCUGCCCGAUUCCAGCCUUGCUGAAGCACCCCCAGAUCAUCACCGAUCCUCCACCAAAUUUCACAGUGGGUGCGAGACACUGUGGCUUGUAGGCCUCUCCAGGUCUCUGUCUAACCAUUAGACGACCAGGUGUUGGGCAAAGCUGAAAAUUGGACUCAUCAGAGAAGUUUGAGGCAGGUAGCUUAGUGGUUAAGAGCGUUGUGGCAGUAACCGAAAGGUCGCUGGUUCUAAUCCCAAGCCGACUAGGUGAAAAAUCUGUCUGUGCCCUUGAGCAAGGCACUUAACCCUAAUUGCUCCUGUAAGUCGCUCUGGAUAAGAGCGUCUGCUAAAUGACUAAAAUGUAAAUGUAAGAUGACCUUACUCCAGUCCUCUACAGUCUAAUCCUUAUGGUCUUUUGCAAACCUCAGCCUGGCUCUUCUUUGCAUCUAAUUGAUGAAGGGCUUUUUUCUAGCUUUGCAUGACUUCAGCCCUGCCCCUAGGAGCCUGUUUCGAACCGUCCUCGCCGUGUACUUCACCCCAGCUGCCGUUUGCCAUUGUUUUUGUAGGUCACUUGAUGUCAUCCUACGGUUGUUGAGUGACAUUCGAAUGAGUUGGCGGUCAUCCCGGUUAGUAGAGUCGUUUUCGCCCUCUGCCGGUCUGUAGCUUUGUUGUCCCCAAUGUCUGCUGCUUGACCUUGUUCUUAUGAACCGCCAUCUCACUGUAUCCCUCUGCCAGUAAAGCCAGAAUUGAACCCUUCUUUCCUCACUCAAAACUUUCAUUUUCAACUCUUUUGGCAUGGUUAAUAGUUAUUUUUUGAUUAAUAUUACUUUUGAGGUACUAUUAGCACUGUUUUUGCCAUCCAGCUGGUCCUAUUGCAAAAGGACAGUGAUGACCACGGUUUUUAUACUUUUCCUCGUUAAAUAAUAUUUGGUUCAGGUGAUCACCUAAUCAGUACCUAAUUCAGUAGAAUGAGGUGUGCCUGUGUUGGAAUUCAACAUACACUGGAAUGGAAUGGCUGUCAUACAUGUAGAGGUGCUGAUUUAAGAAACAUUUGCAGUGGUCUCUUAAUUUUUUCCACAGCUGUAUAUUAUUUAGUAUUUGUAAAGACUAGAUUAAAUUAAGAAUCGUCUGAUGGGUAACAAUAUUAGCCUAUCACUUGUGAAUGAUGCCCAGCGUGUGCAGUAAGGCAGGAAACAACGCAUGCCUUUUUAUUGCAACUUUUUCAAAUCAUAGUUGUACACAUCAUGUAGCCUAGCCCGUAGGCCUAUAUGUUUUGUUAAGGUUUGUGUCACAACUAAAGUGGCCAAAUAAAAUUAAGCACAUUAAUCCGCUUUACAACUGGUGUAGAGCCUAACUGGCAUACAUAGGUGUGAGUUUCAAGUUUGGAGGAGAUAAUUUUCACCAUAAAAAUUCACAUUUUAUAAUAAAGCAUUACAUGCAUAAUCACAUUUGCGGUCACUUUUGAGAACAGUGUUUUACCGCUAAUUGCAGAAGGGAAUUAUAAUGAUUAUAUUCAGCCCAAGGGCUUAACGCCCACUUUGGCUGCAAAAGGCAUUGAUUUUUUGGGGUGCAUUACGGCCACACAAGGGGGAUGCUGUCGUAAAAUUCAAGUCCUGGUGAGACUAUUAUCAAGUGCUUGUCAAAUUGUGAAUGAGAGACUGAUGAAGUGUCACAUCAUGCAGCUUUAGAAUGUAUUAAAAAUCUAAACGUAUAGCCCAACGUUUGUAUCACAACUAAAGUUGCAGAAAUAACUCUAAAUUAAGCAUAUAGCACUCAGAAAUCGUUUGGAGAAAAUAUCCUUUCUAAUUUAUUCAGAUAUGUUCAUAUUCUUCAUACUAUAAAAUAAUGCCAUGGAAUUCUAAGCAAAUAUUUUCUGCUAAAUUAACUAGUGUAGCCCACAGCCAUGAGACCGGCAGUUAUUUGCUUGACAAUCACCGGCUGACAAAAUGUCAUGACCGCCACAGCCCUAAUGGUGAGUAGUGGGUACUAUGAGAUGUGACACUGCGCUGCAUGCCUUUGUCUUGUUAAUGUUACUGGUUUCUUUAUGCAUCUUUAAACAUGGAACCAAUUUAUCUCUCUUCACAGUUAUGCUUAUUCCCUCUGAGUUAAACAAAGAAAGCUCAGAAUUCAAGUUAGUUAGCCUACAUUUACAAUUGUCAAUGUAUAGUGCUGAAAGUCACCUGAAUUCAGUUUUGCUGUAAUAGGACUAUAUGAUUUGCACUGAGUGUACAAAACAUUAGGAACACCUGCUCUUUCCAUGACAGACUGACCAGGUGAAUCCAGGUGAAAGCUAUGAUCCCUUAUUGAUGUCACUUGUUAAAUCCACUUCAAUCAGUGUAGAUGAAGAGGAGGAAACAGGUUAAAGAAUGAUUUUUAAGUCUUGAGACAAUUGAGACAUGGAUUGUGUAUUCAGAGGGUGAAUGGGAAAGACAAAAGCUUUGUGCCUUGAGCGGGGUAUGGUAGUAGGUGCCAGGCACACCGGUUUGAGUGUCAAGAAUUGCAACGCUGCUGGGUUUUUCACGCUCAACAGUUUCCCGUGUGCAUCAAGAAUGGUCUACCACCCAAAGGACAUCCAGCCAACUGUGGGAAGCAUUGGGGUCAACAUGGGCCAGCAUCGCUCUAGAACACUUUUGACACCUUGUAGAGUCCAUGCCUCGACGAAUUGAGGCUGUUCUGAGGGCAAAAGUGGGGGUCGCGACUCAAUAUUAGGAAAGUGUUCCUAAUGUUUUGUACACUCAGUGUAUAUUCCAUGUUUGGUAAAACUGUUCCAAAUGAAGUAGAAACGAUUUUUCAAUCUUUGACUUGUAGGAGAAUGUUGUUGAAAGAGGAACUUGACCCUGGGCUUACUUGGCAACACAGUGUGUUCCUAGUCUUUCACUUCCCUGUGGGUGGUGCCUGUAAAUUUUUUAAAAAUUUUAGUCAUUUAGCAGACGCUCUUAUCCAGACCGACUUGAGUGAGUGCAUCCAUUAUUAAGCUUUUUUUUCUUUUCUUUCAUACUUCAUUGUCGCCCAGUGGCUACGGUUGACAUGAUGGGCCACAGACAUUAAAGCAUCAGUCUCUCAGGCCAACGUAUGCCACAUAUAUUUUUGUCUGUUUUUUUUGUUGGUACUUUGUGCGCAGGUUUUACUCUACAAUCGUGUCAAAUUUUCUCUCUAGAAUCUAACCCGGUUAUGUGUUCUAGAAUCUUGUCUACAUCGGCAAAACACCUCUGCAGGUCAUAGCAGUUCUGCUCCAGUUCUAAGGGCAGUCUACAGGGAGGAGAAUGUGGGUUAGAGAUGCGGGAAUGAGCAGAUAGCUGUGUCUGGGUUAACUACCUCAACAUGCUGCAGCUAGUUGAUCUGAGCUGAGCUGGGGGUUAUUUUCAGGGUGGAGGAGAGACUCAGACAAGCGAGAGGGAGACUGAUGAGAGAGAAUGCUGCUGGAGACCUUGAGACGUCUGGAGGCAUUGAUGCUCUUUUAAUUUAGUUAAUUAGCAGGUAGAGCAGAGAAGAGACCCCUCAUUUAGUCUCACUGGAGAGUAUGGUGGCGUGUGUAUAAUUUCACUUAACUGUCUUUACCUAGUUUGCCUAACUUUGCUCUACCCCACCCUAGCGUAAAAAAUCCCUCCGGUGGUAGUUGUGCUUGGUGACAGUUCGUGAACAGGAAUCGUCAGUAGCAUAUGGCUCAAGAUGCGCUUAAACCACAAUAUAGGCCAAAUGGUCAGUCAUUGAGCAGCAUGACUUAUUUCUGUGCUUUUGUAGUUACUGUACCUGGAAUAUGCUUGUUAUUAUUCACUCUAUUGUGUAGAACAGUCUCUCUCUGUCAGUUUGGCCUUCUGAGAGCCCUGUGGUUGUUUGCUAGUGACCAUUGGGCAGUUCAUGUUUCAUCCAGGAUACGUUCUGAACCUGUGAGUUACAGCAUCAUAAACAUCACAUCCUCCUCUUUAUCUGUACCGCAUUGUCAGACUCACCUCCCACACACACUUUUUUGCUCCUAGCUGAAAGUGUCCUGGAACAAGGCCUAAUUUUAUAUGGUCAAGCCCAGCUGUCCUUAGACCACUCUGCACUCUACAACUCAUAUAUUUAGUUUGUGCAGUCGAAGAUAACACAUCUGAAAAAGUACACAUUUUCUUUGCUUAAGCUGUUCUAAAGUAGAAAACAAGAAUACUAAAGCCCAGAUUCACAAAAUGGCUACAGGGUCUUAACAUGACAUACUUUUUUACCUCUUAAGGAAGCAUCCUGGGACUUCUUGAUUAGAUCACUACUGUAAAGAAAUAGGUCACAGGAAUCUCUUGCUGUUCUGUAAAAUUGAUGCGGAGAAUGGCCCCCUGUAGCUCAGUUGGUAGAGCAUGGCGCUUGCAACGCCAGGGUUGUGGGUUCGAUUCCCACGGGGGGCCAGUAUGUUGAAAAAAAUAAAACGUAUGCACUCACUAACUGUAAGUCGCUCUGGAUCAAAGCGUCUGCUAAAUGACUAAAAUGUAAAAUGUUAUUCCUGUAAUGAAACAGCUUUUACCACUGGAAAAAAGUUUGCCACUGACUAAAAAUAGUUUGAGACUACUGCAGCUCAGUGACUACAAAAUACUUUCUAUCUUUAAUGAAGCUAGCAUACAGUUAUUGUGAUUAUUUUAGAGUGACUAAAUAACCAAGGCUUGAAUUCAAAGCACAUUACACACAUGGUAUAAAGUGUUUAUUGGUGCUAAAAGCAACAGUAAAGUUAAACUUACCACCAGCCAGCUCCAGUGAACUUUCAUCAAGCAUUUUCAAUAUGCUCUGAAGAGUGGUGAGGACUGUGGAAACUUGGCAGGAUUAGAUUAGCUGAACCCUUGAGCUCCCUGUGCCCUCUCUUUGGAAGAGCACUCCAUAGUACACUUCAGAGCACUUUCAUAGUACACUUCAGAGGAGACUUGUUAGAAUCCACUGAAACCCACAGCUGAACCCUUGUCCCAGACUGCUCCCUUUGUAAGGGCACUUCAUAAGGCACUUUGGUGUGAAAGCCAGGGCCAGACCUGCUGACCUCCAGGAAGGAUCAAAUAAGGGGACACACACACAUAGUGGGUCUGUUCACUUUAACCCCCAGGUGUUAAAGACCUAGUGCCCAAUGGGCUAGCACCUGGCUGGGACCCCAGCCCUGCUUUAAUAGAGGUUAACAGCCCUUUCUAGUGUGGUAGUAAACCAGAGCUGCCUGCUGGACCUGAGGGCCUGUUUUGUUACCAUGUGGUGUGAAAGAACUGAGCAGCUAACGCUAACAGACUCUUAAUAUAACACCUUCACUCCCUUCUGUUCCAAUGGAUGGUUGGACACACACACACAUCGGCUCGCUCUCACACACAUGCACACACCUGUUUCGUUGAAUACACCUACUUGCCAGAAAUGUGGGUUCAUGAAGUUCACAGUGAAGUGUUGGAACAAGGACUAGGUCUGAACCCAUAAAAACUGUGUUCGCUACUUGUGCUACAGCUAUUAAAUACACUUUGAAGCAAAGGUGUCACUGCACAACUUUGUUCAGUUGUAUUUGUGUAUGACGCUGGCUUCUCCUGCUUCUAAUAGUGCAUGUGUUGAUUGUGUUAAUAGUUUGUGUUAACAUUUAUUGAUUGAUUUACAUUUACGUCAUUUAGCAGACGCUCUUAUCCAUGUCUGCCUUUGUACUUCGUAUUGUCGACUAUGUGGUGAUGAUCAAUCAAUUUCCCUUGGUAUUAAUGAAGUUAUUUUACUAAGUACUACUACGUUUCAGAACAUUGUUCACUUUAUGGUUUGUACACAUUUCUAAUGUAAUGAUUUGUUGCUGUGUGUGUCUCUAGCUAUACAAGCGGGACUGCGAGACGUUUGGCACGGUUGUCAAGAUGCUGGUGGUCAAGGAGCCUAGUCUGGAGAAGCUGCUCCAGAACCCUCUGAAAGACAAUCUGAUUGAGAUCAGGGAGCGUUGUCUUGACGACCUCCGACACUUUAUCAUAGAGCUGGACCAGGUCAUAAAGCCCAAACCGUCAAUGUGA